AUGAAGGUUGGCUUGAUUGCUUCGUGCUUGUUCGCUGUUCUGAGUGCGAGUGCCCCAAUUAUGGAUCAGAUGCUAGAAUCUCAGGCUCACAGUUUCUUCAAAAACGGCAACAAGGCCACCGAUGAACUGGACAAAGCUACAACUGAUGUGCAUAACGUUCUUCGCCAAAAUUACGGCUGGUUUCAAAGUCUUGGCAAGCGUGACAUGGAUGAACCUACAACUGAAAAGAUUGACAUGGAUAAGGCUACAACUGAUGUGCAUAAUAUCCUCCGCCAAAAUUACGGCUGGUUCCAAAGUCUUGGCAAGCGUGACAUGGAUGAACCUAUAACUGAAAAGGUUGACAUGGAUAAGGCUACAACUGAUGUGCAUAAUAUCCUCCGCCAAAAUUACGGCUGGUUUCAAAGUCUUGGCAAGCGUGACAUGGAUGAACCUACAACUGAAAAGGUUGACAUGGAUAAGGCUACAACUGAUGUGCAUAAUAUCCUUCGCCAAAACUAUGGCUGGUUCCAAAGCCUUAAGCGCGACAUGGAAAACUAG